UAUAGACAAAUUAAAAAGUUGAGUCACGUCAUGUGUCGGGAUGUUGCCACCCCCAUGGGGAGAAAAUGACCUUGAUAAAGCGGGGGAAUGGUUAGAAUCAAAUAUAGAAUUAAUUGAACAAUGGCUACGACAACGUGCUAGUAAUAAUUUAAUAAAACGGUUACAUGAAGCAACCAUUUCCCCGACUCCCGUAUCAGACAAUACAAAUGGAAUAACAACACCACAGUUACCAAUAGUCAAGGUUAAAGACAGUAACAAUCAUGGGUCACCAAGAACACGAUCUUCGUUAUCACCAGAAGAUGUUAUAUCUAAACCUCCACCUCGAAAACAAUCACAAACAUCGACACUAUCGUUUUCUCCAGAAUCAUCGCUGGAAAUUUAUCGAGAGGUGUCGAAUCACUCAAAAAUAUCAAUAUUUCAAAUACCAUCACCAGACGUUUUAGAUCCUGAAGGAAGUCGGCGUACAUCGACUAAUUCAAACAUUUCAAUUACUCAUUCAUCUCCGUCUCCACCACCUUGUGAAACAGUAAUAGAAAAUUUCAAAUUUUAUAAUUCAUCUUCUCGAUCAACAUCGCCAGAGACAACGUCACAAUGGGAUCAGCCUCAUUUACCAGUCACAGUACAACCAUCUUCUAAUAAUAUAUUGAGUUGCGAUUCAGCAGCUGCCAUUGCAAUUUCAUCACGACGUACAUCAAUUGCAUCCUGCCAUUUAGUCCAUACAUCUUCCCAAAGUUCCUUUACUCAACAACAAGGGAGCUCUAAUGCUGGUAAUAAAACAAAUAAUGCUGCGUCACGGCGAACUUCAAUCACAUCUGAUUUAUUUCAAAUAUGGUUGGCCGCGUCACCAGUGAAAGCUAGUGCAUCUGGAACUUUACCAACAGUGAUACGAGAUCUGACACAUUUAGAUGAAUCCGAAUUGUUUAUGGAAUUAAUUCGUGAUGUCGCUAAUGAACUAGAUUUAGACGUAUUGUGCCAUAAAAUUCUAGUGAACAUUUGUAUAUUAACACAUGCUGAUCGUGGAUCGUUGUUUUUGGCGCGUGGGCCAGCAGAUAAUCGUUUUUUGGUAGCAAAGUUGUUUGAUGUUACACGUGAUACAGAAUUAGAAGAUGCUGUACAUAAAGCUCGUACGGAGGAAUUACGUAUACCAUUCGGUGUGGGUAUUGCUGGCACGGUUGCACAAACUAAAGAGAUUAUAAAUAUUAAAAAUGCAUAUGAGGAUCCACGAUUUAAUAGUGAUGUUGACAUGCGUACAGGAUAUAAAACAAAUUUAAUAUUAUGUAUGCCAAUAUGUAAUUAUGAAGGUGAUGUGAUCGGUGUUGCACAAAUUAUUAAUAAAACUAAUGAAAGUGAAGAAUUUACAGACCAUGAUGUGGAAAUAUUUCAACGUUAUUUAACAUUUUGUGGUAUUGGUAUACAAAAUGCACAAUUAUUUGAAGUAUCGGUGCUGGAAUAUCGACGGAAUCAGAUAUUAUUAAAUUUGGCGCGAAGUAUAUUCGAAGAACAAAAUAAUUUAGAAUGUUUGGUAACAAAAAUUAUGACCGAGGCUCAAGAAUUACUGAAGUGUGAACGUUGUGCAGUGUUUUUAUUGGAUUUGGAUUGUUGUGAAGCUAAUCAUUUGGAGAGAAUAAUAGAAAGGCCCACAGGAGGACGUGCAUUACCCGAACAACACAAACCACUAAGUCGACGUGAAUCUGGUAGUGUCACAGCUGAUGAUAUGAGAUCGGUACGUGGUAGUGGUAGAUCAGUUUUCACCACAGUAUUUGAACUACGGGAAGCUGGCCCUGAAGCUGUUGUGACAAGACCAACUGUUGCUGAUCUUCAGAAUUCAACAUUAGCGCAAAUUGCAAGUUAUGUAGCAAAUACUGGACAAAUAUUAAAUAUUGGUGAUGUAAAAGGUUGGUUAAAAACAUCGGUGGCAGUGGAUGCUGAAACAGUGAGUGCACGUACAAUACUGUGUAUGCCAAUUGUUAAUGCUCAAAAACAUGUGAUUGGUGUUGCUCAAUUAAUUAAUAAAGCCAAUGGACAAUUAUUUACGGAUUGUGAUGUUUCAUUAUUUGAAGCAUUCGCUAUAUUUUGUGGUUUGGGUAUACAUAAUACACAAAUGUAUGAAAGUGCUUGUAAAUUAAUGGCAAAGCAAAAGGUUGCACUAGAAUGUUUAUCCUACCAUGCGACAGCAAGUAAUGAUGCCACAAUGCAAUUGACUAGAGAGACAAUACCAUCAGCCGAAACAUAUAAUCUCUAUAGCUUUACAUUUAUCGAUUUCGAUUUAUCUGAUGAUGAUACAUGUCGUGCAACUGUUCGAAUGUUUUUACAAUGUAAUCUUGUACAACAAUUUCAUAUACCUUAUGAUGUACUAUGCCGUUGGAUAUUAAGUGUACGAAAAAAUUAUCGUCCAGUAAAAUAUCAUAAUUGGCGACAUGCAUUAAAUGUCGCACAAACAAUGUUUGCAAUGUUAAAAACUGGUAAAAUGGAACGUUUUAUGACUGAUUUAGAAAUAUUAGGAUUAUUAGUGGCAUGUUUAUGUCAUGAUUUAGAUCAUCGUGGUACCAACAAUGCAUUUCAAACAAAAACCGAAUCACCUUUAGCCAUUUUAUAUACAACUAGUACAAUGGAGCAUCAUCAUUUCGAUCAGUGUGUUAUGAUUUUAAAUAGUGAUUGCAAUAAUAUAUUUCAAGCAUUAUCGCCGGAUGAUUAUAAGAAAGUGAUGAAAAUUGUUGAGACUGCCAUCUUAUCCACAGAUUUGGCUAUGUACUUUAAGAAGAAAAAUAAAUUUUUGGAGCUAAUUGAUAAUGGAGAGUUCGACUGGCAGAGUGAAGAUAAAAAAGAAUUACUAUGUGGAAUGAUGAUGACAGCAUGCGAUGUUAGUGCCAUAGCAAAACCUUGGGAAGUACAACAUCGUGUAGCUAAAUUAGUGGCAGAUGAAUUCUUUGAUCAAGGAGAUUUGGAACGAUUACAGUUAAAACAAGAACCCGUUGCAAUGAUGGAUCGAGAACGUAAAGACGAACUACCACAAAUGCAAGUUGGCUUUAUUGAUGUAAUAUGUUUGCCAUUAUAUAAAGUAUUAACAGAAACAUUUCCAUGGAUGGAGCCAUUAUACAAAGGCACUUUGGAAAAUCGUAAAAAUUGGCAAGAUUUAGCAGAAAAAGUGGAAAUGGGUUUAACUUGGAUUGAUCAUGACACAAUUGACAAACCUAUUGAAACAUUAGCAGAAGCGGAAGCAGUAAAAGAAUUAGAAUUUACAGUAACGACGUUACAUCAACAAAAUACUGCUAUCAAUUCAAACGACGCUACUGUUAAAUCAACUGCAGUUGCAUCUUUAAUUUCAAAUCAACGUAAUCGUAUGCAAAGUAUCAAAACAAAAUCGUUAACUCGAGUAGUUCGAGCACGAUUAACCAAAUCAUUGUAUGGAGCAUCAAGUUUAGCUGGAACAGCUCAGCCAUCUUCAAGUACGGUUUAUUCAAAUAUUGUUGGUGAAAAUUCUUCGCCGUCUGCGCAUACAGCAACAGUACCAUCACCAAAUGUAGCACCAUCAACACCAAAAAGUAAACCAAAGAAUCGUUCAAAAUUAUGUUCAAUUUUGUGACAUAAGGAUAAUGACAGAACUACGCUUUAGCGAUCGUAGUUUUAAUCUUGACUGUGUUAAUAUUUUAAUAUUAGGUACGA